GGAGGAUGACGGUAGUUGAGGCAGAGGCCAUGCUUUGGAAUUUUGGUUGUUGAGAGGUAUGUGAUCACUCAGUGGUGAGGUGGGUAGUAGUGAGCGUGAGUGCUGGAAGUUAUCAGCUUUCGAUGGCAUUCUCCAAAAGCUGACGUCGUCUGGAUUUUAUCGGUGGCAUUGUCACAAAGACAUCCUGUUGUUUGGGUCACCUUUGCGGUUGUUGAAGAUGACGGAAUUCGCAAGGCCUUCCUUCUCAUUGAGCUGAGAAGAGGCUAGCUACGGUGCACUGAUAAUGCCCGGUGGUGGAAACGGCUGGCUCCCUCUGCACACUACUUCCUUCCGCCCCUUCUCUGGGAUUUUUAUAUAUGUAUGUAUGGUGGUGAUGAUCUCGGCCGUCGUCACAGUCGUCAGCAACAAAAAUCAAGACGUUGUUUGGUCGAAGUCAAGGUUGCGAUUUGCCCCGCCCCCCUCCCCCUCCAUUAGACGCCCUGCGCAAGCGCAAGCUAGAUAGAGCGAGCGGUCGCAUCUGCCCCGCUGCGCAUCUCCCACUCAGCAUUCUCACUCAGCUCAGCUUGCUUGCUUGGUUCCUUUUCCCUCCUCCAAAAUCCGUUCGACCACUUGCACCCUUGAUUGUCAGGCAACACAGACCUCGAGGGUUGAUUUCCUCACGAGUUUUGGCUUUUUACUUUCUCACACCCACACCCUUCCCUGCGAAAUCUUGCUCUCAACGACCGAGCACCUAAGCUUCCACCCUCAACCAACCCCUCCAUUAUUUGCGCGCGAUUGACGAGGCAAACGCCGAAGCACAACACCAGAACCCAAUUCUCGUAGCUCCAGCAGAUCGAAGAGUUUCUUUCUCGCGCCCCUUCCAGACAUGGCAGGCCCCGGAUCACCCGGCAGCGACGGGCCAACCUAUGCGCCGCCUCCUCUCCCCUCGGGCUGGAUUGCCCAGUGGGAUGCUGCCAGCAAGAAGUACUACUAUGUGCAGCUCUCGACUGGAGUCUCGCAAUGGGAUCUCCCGACCGAGCCCGUUCCCUUUGGCAACACUCCCGCUGCCCGCUCCGAUCACCCCUACGGCGUACCUCACCCUAGCGCCGAAAUCGUGACGCACCCCGACGGCUCCCAGACAGCUAGAUACCCCGACGGACGUCUCGAGCCGGUGAACCCGAGAGAGGAUGGCACACGAGGUGUCGGCGGUGGAGGACAGAGUGACAGGGGCCUUGGUUCUUUCCUCUUGAACACGAUCAGCGGCGGAAAGCAGGGCGGUGGCAGCAGUGGAGGAGGUGGGCUUGCUGGUGCUGUUCUCAGCGGACUGGCGGGUGGCAGCUCCGGAGGCGGCGGCGGCAGCGGCGGGCUCGGUGGCAAGGUCGCGUCCCAGCUCGUGUCUGGCAUAUUCUCCUCUGGAAGCAAGCCUUCGUCUUCGCCCUCGAACAACUUCAGCGGUCAGUCGUCGUCCGGACACGGUGCUGGAGGUCUUGGAGGGGUGAUCGGAGGUGUUGCUGGUCUCUUUGGCAACAAGCAGAGCUCGGGCAACAACUUUGGAUACUCCAACUCGGGUGCUACGACCUACAGCGGUUCGGCCCCUCCCACAUCAUACCAACCUCCCUCGCAGCCGGGAUCCUCGACCUCGGUCCACGGCGGUGGCUCAUCUUCAUCCUACCAGUCAAGCUCACAAACACACCAUCAAGGCUCAAGUCAGUCUUACGGGCAGUCUAGCCAGUCCCACACCGCACCAUACGGACAGCAGUCUUCUGGCGGCGGCUACCAGUCCUCUUCUUAUGGCGCCGGACCCGGCCAUGGUCAAGCGCACAGUCAAAGCUACGGCGGCCAACACUCUUACGGUUCGCCCAGCGGCCAGCCCAGCUAUGCACCCCCACCAAGUCAGCCAUCCUACGGCCAGCCACACUAUGGAGCGGGGGCUGCAAGCUCAUAUGGUCAGCCACCGUAUGGCGCACCACCACCACAGGGAGGAGGUUACGGCCAGCAGCCACCGUAUGGAGGACACCAGUAUUCUCAGGGUGGUGGCUAUCCUGGACAGUAUUAGGGCGGAGAUGUGUGUCGAAACGCAGAGUCGUGCUGGUAAGCCGUGAUAAGAAUCUUUUUUUUUUUUCCUUGGUGAACUCAGGGGCUGACACGGUAGAAGGGGCGGCCCUUUGGUAACUGGAAAAGGAGACGAAGAGUGAUGAGGAUUCUAAUGAGGAGGUGGGAAAAGCAAGAAACCGAGACUAUUUACAUGACUCUUUGCUUUUGUUUAUAUCAAAGAACUCUUAGAUUUUUGAAUGUUAUCAUAGCGUAAUGCUUUGCCUUUUGUUUCGUUUGCCCAUUUCUUUUCCAUGUCGGUGUGGUUGGCUUUGGUUGUAUGAUCGGUUUUGUAGAUGAUUGAUUUGGGGUAUAAAUAUUUUGGCAAAGUGGUUUGGGAGGUAUGUGGGGUAUUUGUGUAUGGCUUUCUGAUGGUAGAGGAUAGGUACUUCAGUCGAGUUGACGUGUCUAUGUUGAGUGAGUCCGUCAAGACCGGAUACGAAGUUCGAAGAUGUAUGAUGACGA